CUAGUGGACGGUUCGUCAGACACCUCUGUAGCUUGCGAGACAAAAUAGACGAACCAAUAAAGAUCUUUAGACGCGUUAUUGUUUAUUAGCCACUGUGUUUUAAUCCCUUGUUGUCAUCGAGUUAGUUAUCUGAUUUAAUUUCAUAUUUGCGGUGUUGUUAUUAGUCAGUUAGCAUUAGCCUAGCUAGCUAACGUCCCCGACCAUGCGGUCACUAAGCUACUCUCCUCCUGCUGAAGAAGAGGUGGAUAUCACAGUAAAACAAGCAGUAGAGGGUGAGGCCGUUACUGUGAAAGAAGAGGAAGAUGCGUUCAGAGUGAAAGAGCAGGAGGAUGUUACAGUAAAGGGAGAGGAGGAUGCAGUUUAUGGCGUGAAAGAGGAGGAGGGGGAGAUGACUGUUACAUCGAAAAAGGAGGAGGAAGAAGAGGAGGAAACUGGAUAUCUGGGCCCGGAUCUUAAGGCAUCAAAUGGUUCUAACGGUGAACAUAGCCAUAAGAUGGUUUUGAGAAACCGUUACCAGAUUAACUCUAGAGAGAGACGUGACUAUCGUGGAACCUCUGGGGAGCCUCAACAACAACAUGAUGCUGAUGAGGCAGAGAAGAGUCUAUCCAGAUCAGAACUCCUCAAGAAACACCAGCAGAAAGCCACAUGGAAGAAAUAUUACCACUGCUUCUCUGAUUGUGGGAAGAGAUUAAACGAUUCAGUAAAACUUCAAAGACAUCACACAAGAAAGAAACCAUAUGGCUGUGCUCAAUGUGGGAAGAGUUUUGUUAAAUCUAGCCAUCUGACUGUACACCAGAAAACACACACAGGAGAGAAGCCAUAUAGCUGUGAUCAAUGUGGGAAGAGUUUUGCUCAAUCAAUCCAGCUGACUACACCAGAGAACACACACAGGAGAGAAAUCAUAUAGCUGUGAUCAAUGUGGGAAGAGUUUUGUUAGAUCUAGCCAUCUGACUAUACACCAGAGAACACACACAGGAGAGAAACCUUAUAGCUGUGAUCAAUGUGGGAAGAGAUUUACUUCCUCUGGCACUCUGACUCAACACCAGAGAACACACACAGGAGAUAAACCUUAUAGCUGUGGUCAAUGUGGGAAGAGUUUUACGACAUCUAGCUCUCUGACAGUACACCAGAGAAAACACACAGGAGAGAAACCUUAUAGCUGUGGUCAAUGUGGGAGGAGUUUUACUACAUCUAGCUAUCUGACAGUACACCAGAGAAAACACACAGGAGAGAAACCUUAUAGCUGUGGUAAAUGUGGGAGGAGUUUUACUACAUCUGGCCAUCUGACAGUACACCAGAGAACACACAGGAGAAAAAUCUCAUAGCUGUGACCAGAGAUAAUCUGUUAAAAGAUCUCUGAUCAAAUAUUAGAAAAUACAUACAUGAAGGAGUUGUUUCAUGAUUUCAAUGAAUUAAUGUCACAAUGUAGAAUGUUUUAACAUUGUAGUACGAGUAUUUUAAUGAUGUCACAAUGUAGAAGCCUAAACGUUUCCCCCCCUUUAUGAUUUCAUAAUGAUAUGGAUAUUAGCCCCAGGAGGAAAAUCCAGGCGAAAAACCCGGGCUCUGAAAUGGAAGAGUACUAUUUAUGUGAUUUAACAAAAAUUGACAACAAAAAAAAGAGUUCAAAUCAAAUGUAUUUAUAUAGGGCUUCUUACAUCAGCUGAUAUCUCAAAGUGCUGCACAGAAACCCAGCC